AUGACAUUCUUUUCUUUACUUCAGCGCAAAAACAGAGAGCAGCUCAGGACAGGAGGAAGAUUCUGGUGAGAUGUCCAUCUGUCGGGACGAGCCACUCUUCUCGCCCGUCAAGGAGUGUGGACCCCCGCUGACGGGAGGGCGGGUUGGUGCGGGCAAUGGGGGAGCCCUUUCCACGGACAGCCUGGACUGCAGCUCGUUUGAGGAGCAUGACCUUGUGCUGACGUGCCAGGCCAACAAGGACAACUACACGAUUGCCUUCCAGCAGAGUGGGACACACUUCUCGGACGACCUAUCGGAAGGCAGCGUGCCCUCGGACCAGCAGAGCCACCACAGCAGCAGUGCUGCGAGUGCUGCGCCGGCGAGUGGUGGUCCUGGGUCCAUGGCACGGUCCGAGCUGUCCUUCACCACCUGGCAUAGGCUAAGGUCGUCGGGUGUCCGGCUCAAGCCGGAUUCGGAUGCAGGGAAGUGCCAGAGCCUCCCCAACCUUCUUCGACGGUCGGCAGCCGUGGCGGGACGCAUGGACGUGGCCGGCAGCUGCCUGCCGCUUUACACGCUGCAGGCAUCCACACAUGGUACAAUUGAUCCACCUGAUGCUCGGUCCGUGUCCCUGCUGCGCCUCUUCAUGCGAAGCAAAGCUGGCAGUGGAGGUUCUCUCUCCAGCAGCCAUUCUGAGAAUUCUGAUUCUGUGACCACGCCCCGAGAUGGUGCCACUGCCUACCAACUGCAGUCGUCCAGCGAGGACUCCAGCGGGUCUAUGGAUUCCAAGAGCGACAGCAGUGAAGACCCACCGCUGCCGCCAAAACCUGUGGAGCCGCUGGUGCGGAAAGUGCUGCGGGCCAGCACCAACCUUGUGGGCAGGGAGGCCAAUAACAACAACGUGGAACUAACGGCUGCCAACGACAAUGAACGGUUGAGGAUGGCCACGUCCGAGAGCGAGGAGGAGACGUCACAGUGCUUCGAGGAUAGCCUCGUGGAAGCGGCGCAGGCACGCAUGAAGCCUGCCAACGCGAGGAGCCCGAUCCAUGAGGAAGAGGAACCGUUUGAGUCCAGCGGGGAUGAAACAAUGAAGGACAGCCGCGACCUGCUGAGCAGUGGUGGAGGCACGUCUUCCGACAAUGCAGGCGUCGUUGAGCGGCGUAACAACGAUGUGAACUCCUCAUUGCGCUGUGCCAAGGGUGGUGCACUGCUCAGUGGUCCCCUGGGAAAGGAGAGGAUAAAGAAUGUCUUCACGACGGUGAACAAGAACAGCAAUGCCAUGGCAGCAGAGUCGGAUGAUCGGCAGUCCAGCCGCAGCACGCAGACCAAGCGCUUCAACUGCAAUGAUGGCUCGGGAUCCAGUUCUACGAGGAAGGUGUCGGACAGUAGCGGAAGCGGAGAAGAAGGCCGAAACGCGCGUUCUUCGAGUCUCCUCUCAAGUGGCUAUGUGAGCCGACAGAACUCUGUGGAUCAGAUCCACCGGCAGACAUUCCUCCUGAGUGCCGGCGGUAAUAGGAGAAAACAGCCGCCUACGGCAAUAGCUCGAAUGAGGCACUCGAGCACACAGGUGCCGGUGCACAUUCGGGACCGUGGCAUUCAGACCAGCGUGGAGGGGGCUGUGGCUGAGAACUCAAACUGGCUGUACACUGUUGACGACACGUCUGCAGCGAUGUCAGGACAGCGAAGCUUCAACUUGACGUUGCGCCCCCAAGAAGUUGGCUCGAAGCAGGAGGCAGAGCCAAAGCGAUCUAUUUAUGUCUGCUACCCAAAUUACUCCCUUCCAGAUCUUAGUUUUCUGAAGGAGCUGGCCGCCGCCGAGGACAAGCCCGACCUGGUUCUACGUCCCACGCAGCACAAGAUGCCGCAGCCCGGUGUGUCAGAAGCAACCGCCGAUGGGGCUGUGGCGUCUGCACAAGUGCCACCCAACGAGUCGCCCGUGCUUCACAGGCGAACCCACAGCAGUGAACCGCACUGGCGGCGACCCAAGUCGUGCAACGACUUCGAGGACCUCUCCCGGCGCAACCUGAGUCACAUUCAGGACUGGGACUCGCUAAGCGUGUUGCUGCCCGCCGAAGUUAAAGCCAUGGUGUCCCACUUCCGCCAUGCUGCUCCUUCCUCGAAUCCUGCGCCGGACUCUCAGCAACAGCGGGGAAUCCUGCGCAAGCUCUCAGACGAGGCCAACAGCCGGCCGAGAAGCCAGUGCGACACCCUUGCUGCGGACAUCGACAGGAUCUCCACGGGCGCCGGCGGCUCAGUCGAGUUCCCCAAUCGGCGCCACUCGCUGCAGGACUACCGGAGGCUCCUCAAGGGCCUCCCCGACCUGGAUGGCCUGCUUCCACCCUGUCCAAACCUGGCCUGCAGUGGAGGCUUGCAACGGGACACCUCAUUACCACUCUCCCGGACCAACUCGGAGGGGUCGUGGCGGCGCGUCGGAGGCCGGAACGCGAGGCGCUCCGCACCUCUGGCAGCUACCUGCUCAUCGUGUCGUGCCAAGAAGGCAGUGAGCUUCAGCGAGGACCUCAACGUUCACACAAACGACACACGGCCCAUGCGAGGAGCCUUCUGCAAGUGCACAUGCGGCUCAAGUCCCACGACGAACUAUGGUUCCCUGGAGCGGCCAUCAAGGAAAAUGACACUAUUGUUUGGUGGCAGCCAGGACGACCAGCAUGCUCCGCAUGAGUUUGCAUUGUCACCCAAAGGUCUCUCCCCAUCGUGGGGUAUGUCACCCUUGUCCAGAAGCCAGCGAGAGCUUGUUGAGCAGAGAAAGGGUCUUUUGGACAACACAAUGAGGUCUAUAAGACAGGUCCUCGACUGCUACAACACAGAAAAAGAAUCCCAGCCUGCUGUUGGUGGUGGUGCCGAACCAGUGCCUGUCUGAAGGCAGUGCCUGCGGCCGUCUCGCGAUUGAGUUCCUGGUACCCGCACUUCGAGAGCUGCUCUCCGAUGGACUGCUGCCCCACGUGCGGGGCGUGUUUGGUCGCCUACCCAACUCACUCUGGCACCUGGCACAUUCCCUCAGUCAAGCCAGUGAGUCC